AUGACCAGUCCUGAUCAAAUUGCAGCUCAGAUACUGAGCACCAAAUCCCUCUCAGUCGCCCAACCCUGGCUCAGUGCCUUCCUAUUAUCGUCCAGCACAGCGCAACGCAAUAUCCCCGCAUCCGCCCUCACAAAGACGGCUAUAUUCCGUCUCCUCGCCUCUGAUAUCAGAGAAUCACUCUCCAAGCACAGAUCAUGCGUACUCCCAGUCGAUAUUCACGACCCGGCGGUCCAAGAGCGACGGCUGCAAGGCUCAAUCCCCGUGCAAGUGCUAGACAUCGAAGACAUCGGCACGAGUCUAUGGAGCCAGAUCGAAGCAAUUGAACGCGUUGAGCGGGGCGAAGCGAUCCGCGGCCGUGAGAUCGUGCGCACAAUCGCUGUAGGCGAGGACCCCGAGGCGUCGGAGAAUAAUCGUGCGAAUAACAAUCCUUCGAACGGUGCUGCGACUGCAUCCGGGAACAGUGGGUAUGGGCCGCACCGCCUGAUUAUUCAGGAUGCGGCGGGAACUAUGGCGGUGGCUGUUGAAAUGCAGCGUAUCGAUGGCAUAGCAUUGGAGAAACUUGCUAUUGGGGCGAAGCUCUUGCUUCGUAAUCCGUCUGUCGCGAGAGGUAUGGUGUUGCUUUCCCCGGGGUCUGUUACUCUGCUCGGGGGGAAGAUCGAGGCUUUGGAUAAACCGUGGAGGGAGGGUAGGAAGGCUAGGUUGCUGGAGAAGACCGCAGGCGCCGAAGGGGAAUGA